UAGGAAACAUUGCAUCAUGGACAGGGAUGGCAAUGGACUCAAUGAGACCGUAAUGAACCCGACCAAUUUAAGCGGUGAGUAGUAGGAUAGGAAUUCAAGAAAAUAUAUUCAAGAAGUAAAUUAAUAGGUAGUCGAUAUGUCAAAUAUACUACUGCCUUUAACAUGCUUAUAAGAAAGGGGAGUGGUGGUGGGGUAAGUGGGGGUAAAAUGAAAUAUUACUGUCAGACUAAUCCCUUUCACUGCAAGAUUGCUGGAUGUAAUAAUUUAGGACCCGCAUGUAUUGCUUGAGUUUAACUUGAGACUCUGAAAUUUUGAAAUUAAGGGCUUAUGCUUCCAGGAAGGAUUCUCUUUUUAAAGAGGUCAUCAAUUCAGUGUGAAUAAAAGGCGGAUUUAAUUCAUUUUUAUCCGAGACAGAAAUAAAAUCUGUUACGGUCUUGUUUUAUAUGAUCGCUCCUUCUUACAUGGGGAAAAUUUCGUAUUUUCCGUGACACAGGUUUUACUUCUUUUUUUCACAUUUUCAUGUCAACAGCAACGACAAUAAAAACCAGAAAGUAACAAACGAUAUUUCUUUGAUUUGCUUGGAAACCAUAGAAAGAAUGUUGGGGCUCAGAAAGCAGGUUUCCCCAUGUUUAUGACUUGCGCUCUUUAGUACAUCCUUUAAGACGUCUUUUUUUAACUUUUCCGGAAGAUUCUUCAAAAAGCAAAGAGGAGACGGUUGAGGUGGGUGUUAUCGUAAUGGGCCUCUGCUGUAUUUGCCUGGUGGCCUGUGCACUAGCAGUUCUCCAUCUCCGCUCGAGCAGCAGACGCAUUUCAGGAAACCGUCGAAGAGCCGAACAUUCAGGAGGUGUGUCUGAGGAUCGAUCACGUGACCCAUUGGAUGUGGCAGCACCGCCCUCUUAUGACACAGGUAGUAUGAUCUUUCCUCGAAAUAUGUGACUCUGGAGAAUAAUUCUGGAUCAUAGACCGUAUAGAUUCCAUGAACUUCUGAACUCCGCGCGGAUGCUUCCUCCAAUGACAAAAGGGAAUUCGACCCUGAUUGGUUUCCUCAAACAAUAUGAUACGCUAACUUUGAAGAGCGCACUCGAUAUAGACUAAAACAAAAAAUGAUUACAGUCUUAUAAGCGCAAGGGCCGUAGUCAGACUUCAGAGCAAGACGAGGCAAGUUUCGACCGCCGAAUUUUGAAAUCUAGAGGCUCAGAAAUGCUCUUUUAAGCAUUUUCCGUGGCAUUUUUCUUAAGAAAGUCACUCUUGGGCCAACAUCAAGACAAGGCAGUUGCCUCGUCUUGCCUCAUGCUAGCUACGGGCCUCAUGAAAACUCCAAGUAGGUCAGGUAAAUGCAUGUAAAUUGCUCUAAGAUCAGACUACAAAGAUUUUGCUCAUGCAUCUGAUAAUAGCUGAUAGUGUGGCACAAGCACUCAAGAGAUAAUUCCAGGUCAAAAACCGAUAUACUUUCGAAUUCUUCUUAACAAUCAAUAUAAAUUCCUUUUAAAGAAAAUAGAAAUGAGCAUAGGAAGGAUUACUAUACCUAACAAAAGAUUUCUUUGACCCAUCUACAACUUGCGUUUUCAUAGGUUUUGUUGCUUUCCCAUGUUUGGAGAGGGGAUAUUUAGAAAAUGAAUAGAAAUUAUCCAAGAUCUUGUUGUCUUAUGCAUGAAUAAGAUUGGUCUAAUAUAGAUAUUUAAUUUUGGAACAUAGAUUUAUGCCCAGCUUUCUUUUUCGAAUUGAGUCAUAAAUUGUACAAAAUUUGUAAUUGAAUUGAUUUUCUUCAUAUCGACGUCCACAAGAGAUUACUAACCAGUUGAUAUUGUCUUGACGUCUUUUGAUAUUUUAAUCAUUUCAUCCCCUUUUCCUUUAGUAAUCCGUUCCCCUCACCUGUACCCGCCCUCCCGACAGAUCUCUAUGUCUCCUGGUGUUUCUGAGACGCGAAGAAGCUCCGGAUCAAGUACAUUCAGUCUGUCGCUUCAUAGUCCUCGACUCACCCAUCAUUAUCUUAAAGCACCUCGAGAAACACCUGAAGAGAACCUCUCUGAACACUCGAGUUUGCAGAUGUUUCACCAGGAGGACAAUGAAGAGCCUCCCCCACCUUAUCCAGGGAAUAUAAUUUCAACAGAAACAGGACAAGAUGCGAGUUUAACGGUCAAUGUCUGUCAAGGCAACUCGAGAACAUUCAGCGAGAGCACCGGACAAGGUGAAAGGAAUCAGAGAACAGUUGAAAAUGAGCUUAACAGCUGGAACUCGGAAGCACGGGAAAGUACAAGUCACGUGGUCAAUGCGUGGACUAGUUGCGAGGCUUUGCAUCAAUCACCAAAUGGAGAUAUCCGUAAUGAAUUAUGUAGAACUGACAUCGAUCAAUUAAAUUACGAAAGGAGGAUGCCAGUCUGCAAUCUUAGACAACCUAAAGUUUUCCGGACGGUUGUUUCUUAUUCAUCGCAACUUCAACGUGGUAAAGAGGCCGUGAGCGAGUCUUUGACCUUCUCUGAUGAAGAUGCUAACACCGUGUAAUCAUUAAUGCUGUUAAGCCAAUCUUUCUAUAGUAAAUUCUCAUUCAUCAAGUUUGCAGUUUUAUCUGAUUCAGUGACCAAACCGUCAUGUAGCGAAGCACCCUCCCUACUUCCCUAACUGUAUACAUAACUAGGUCAAGCACACUCAAUUGGUCAGGGGGAGGGGG